AUGAGGAGGCUUUACUUGUUCCACCGGGGCGGUGCUUGGCUUGAAAGAACCGAACUAAUUUCCUGGGACCUCAAGUACCCAGUUCACGCGGGGGACCCGGAACUGCAUGGGCACAAUGGAAUUCGGACGGCUACCAGGUACAUUCGUGAGGGGCGCUAUGCACUGCAGUCAACGUCCCGAAAAGUGACCCUCACCUAUGAUCGACUGGCUCGUGCCGAAUACAGAGCGGCGGGGCCUGGUCGGGGGGGCCGUUUCGAGGAGUGGGCAAUCCGUCCGCGAGUGCCACCGCCUGCUGACGUGGACCUGGAAGAGCUUUCUGAAAAGUCGAAGAAUCCCAGCGUGAAGCCGAUCGCCUGGCCGGAUCAUAACCUCUCGGAGCAGACAUUGAAGGAUUUGGAAGAGCAAUGGAAGGAGCGUGGGCCUUGGAGCCUGGAGCACUUGUGGUUCUCCACCACUGAUCUGGGUUGA